UCUCAGUGAGGGUGGGCAGUCUCUCAGGCAGCAGCAGUCUCUCGCUGUGUGUGUAUAGGCGGGCAGAGAGACAGCGCAGCCUCCUCCCUCCUCCUCUCCCUCCCCCGGUCCCCGGCAGUGUUGAGCUGCUCUCCCAGCCUCAACCUCUCAUCUCCGGGCUGUGCAGGAUGGUGCUGAUCGGUACCGGGGCUCUCAGCCCGCUGCUCCCGGCCCUGUGCCUCAUCCACACCGGCCUCAUCCUCUUCCCCGGGACCGAUGGCUUCAUUUUCCCUCAGCAACACACGAUGCAAUACUGGGCCACACGGUUGGAGCGGGAGUUUCACCAGGUCAUGCGGAACUUUGCUGGGUCCCAGCAGCUACAAGGGCUCUACAGAGACAAACGGAACCUGUUUGAGGUGAAGGAGAACGUUCCGCGGAAAUUGGUGGAGAAAGUGGCAGCCGACAUUGAAACGCUGCUCGCCAAGAAAGUGCGAGCCCUGAAGAGAUUGGCCCGGGCUGCAGAGGAGUUCCAGAAGGCUCACCGCUGCCAGGAUAACAUCAGGGAAGAAGACAUUGAGUAUUAUGACUCCAAGGCUGACACGGAAUAUGACGACCCGGAGGGAGAGGAUGAGCCGAUUGAGCCCUCACACUCCCUCAAGCUGGAUUUCACGGAUGAUCCGAAUUUCAAGACCAAGGUGAAUUAUUCCUACACGGCGGUGCAGAUCCCCACCGACAUCUACAAGGGCUCCACGGUCAUUCUCAAUGAGCUCAACUGGACUGAUGCCUUGGAAAACGUCUUCAUCCAGAACCGCCAGGAGGACCCCACGUUGCUGUGGCAGGUGUUUGGCAGUGCCACCGGUGUGACCCGAUAUUACCCAGCCACCCCCUGGAGGGCACCCAGCAAGAUCGACUUGUAUGACGUGCGCAGGAGGCCGUGGUACAUCCAAGGCGCUUCCUCCCCCAAGGACAUGGUGAUAAUAGUGGAUGUCAGCGGCAGUGUGAGCGGCCUGACCCUGAAGCUGAUGAAGACCUCCGUCAUGGAGAUGUUGGACACUCUGUCUGAUGAUGACUAUGUCACCGUGGCUUCUUUCCACGAGAAGGCAGAGCCGGUGUCCUGCUUCCGGCAGCUUGUCCAGGCCAACGUGAGGAACAAGAAGGUGAUAAAGGAUGCGGUGCAGGACAUGGUGGCGCGGGGGACGACAGACUACAAGGCCGGCUUUGAGUACGCUUUCAGCCAGCUGCAGAACAAUAACGUCACGCGUGCAAACUGUAACAAGAUGAUAAUGAUGUUCACGGACGGAGGGGAAGACCGCGUUCAGGACGUCUUUGAGAAGUACAACUGGCCAAACAAAACGGUCCGUGUGUUCACAUUCUCAGUCGGGCAGCACAAUUAUGAUGUCACUCCGUUACAGUGGAUGGCCUGCGCCAACAAGGGUUACUAUUUUGAGAUCCCGUCUAUUGGAGCGAUCCGGAUAAACACUCAGGAGUAUCUCGAUGUUCUCGGGAGGCCAAUGGUUCUAGCUGGAAAUGAAGCCAAGCAGGUUCAGUGGACGAACGUUUACCAGGAUGCGCUGGGUCUGGGUCUUGUGGUGACCGGGACGCUGCCCGUAUUCAACCUAACAUCCUCCACUCCUGACGAUUCCGGGAAUCCUGGGAAGAACCGUCAGAACCAGCUUAUUCUCGGCGUGAUGGGUAUCGAUGUGGCCUUGGAGGAUAUCCAGAGAUUGAUGCCCCGAUACAGCCUGGGUGGCAACGGGUAUAUGUUUGCGAUUGAUCUGAAUGGAUAUGUCCUGCUGCAUCCCAACCUAAAGCCACAAGUUAUUAACUUCCAGGAGCCGGUCACUCUGGAUUUCCUAGAUGCAGAGCUGGAGGAUGAUAAUAAGGAAGAGAUCCGAAGGAAAAUGAUUGAUGGAUUAGAAGGUCACCAGUUUAUCAGGACAUUGGUGAAAUCGCUGGAUGAGAGAUACAUUGAUGAAACUGAAAGGACAUACACGUGGGCACCUAUACACAGUACAAAUUACAGCCUGGGACUGGUGUUACCUCUGUACAGCUCCUAUUACCUCCGUGCUAAUCUGAGUGAUCAGAUCCUCCAGGUGCAGUAUCCAAACAAGAAAACUAAGGACUUUGAGUCCCUGAUGCCCAACACCUUUGAGUCUGAGGGGCGCGUGUUCCUGGCUCCGAGGCAGUACUGCCGGGAACUUGAACAGUCUGACAACAACACAGAGUUCCUAUUGAAUUUCAUCACACUUAUGGAGAAAGUGACACCAGACUCCAAGCAGUGUGAUAGCUUCCUGCUACAUAACCUCAUUUUGGAUACGGGUAUCACGAGGGACCUGGCUGACCGCGUUUGGAAGGACAAGGAUCUUCUCACGUACGGUCUCCUCGCUGUGUUUGCCGCUACUGACGGAGGUAUAACCCGCGUCUUCCCCAACAAAGCCGCAGAUGAUUGGUUGGAGGACAUGGAGCCCCAUAAUUCCACAUUUUACAGAAGAAGCCUGGACAACAAAGGCUAUAUCUUCCGAGCACCCUAUAGGGAAUCUGGGUAUCUGCAGUCUGAUAUGGAGAACAAUACGGUGGGGAUUCUGGUCAGCACGGCGGUGGACCUGGAAAUCGAUGGCAGAAGACUUAAACCUGCAGUGGUUGGGGUGAAGUUGGACCUUGAGGCCUGGGUGGAAAAGUUCAAAGUUCUGGCCAGCAACCAGUCUGAGUUGAACCCAGGAGGGCCACGGAAGCAAUGUAAUCCUUCCGCCAGCUGUGAGAUGGACUGCGAUAUAAACAAUGAGGACUUACUGUGUGUGCUCAUUGAUGAUGGUGGAUUCCUGGUCAUGUCCAACCAGCAGGAUCACUGGAAUCAGGUGGGGAAGUUCUUCAGCGAGGUGGACGCCAAUCUCAUGGCUGCGCUAUAUAACAGCUCUUUCUUCACGCGGAAGGAGUCCUACGACUAUCAGUCACUGUGCGCCCCCAAGACCGAGAGCAACAAAGGAGCCGCCCCCCGGGGUAUCUUUGUGCCAACCAUCGCUGAUAUCCUAAACCUGGCCUGGUUAUCCUCUGCCGCCGCUUGGUCACUGUUGCAGCACCUCGUCCUCAGCCUGACCUACAACAGCUGGAUGCAGGCAGAUGACAUCAUGGCGGAGGGCUUGGAGUCCCGAGAGGCGAGCUGCAUCAUGAAGCAGACCCAGUAUUACUUCAGCAACAUCAAUUCCACCUACACAGCCAUCAUCGAUUGUGGCCCUUGCUCCCGGUACUUCCAUGCCCAGAGACUGGCAAACACCAACCUGCUGUUCGUGGUGGCAGAGAAGCUGAUGUGCAGUCAGUGCGACGCCAUGAAGCUGGACCAGGCGGAGACGCGCUCGGAAGGUCCGGAGCAGUGCGAGUUGGUGCAGAUGCCGCGGUAUCGCAAGGGUCCGCACGUCUGCUUUGACUACAACCCGAUGGAGGACACGUCGGACUGCGGAAGGGGCUCUAUGUUCCGGCCGUCCUGGCUGCUGCUGCUGUUCGUCCAGUUGUUGUUGAUGUGUGUAGUCCCCAGCUGCACGUCACCCACCACCAGCAGGGGGCUCUAGACCCUGCCCGGCCUCCUCCCUCCGUCCUGAGGCCACUUCUUGUUUAGUGACGUGGUUACCCUGACAGGCAGGCGAGCGCCUCUCUUGCGUGUUGGGCAGAAAUACCACCCAACCACCUCAAUUGGAUGAUUUUUACUGUGACAACAAGAAGACAUUUCAGUGUCAUCGGAAGUUUCCGUGGCGGUCAGGAAAAUCACAUCAUGGCGGGCAGCGGCACCUAUUUGUCAGCGAGAAGAACUUCCGGGUUCUGAAGAUUCCUUGUUUCCUGUUCACCUGUCUCCAUGCUUCCUGUGUGUAGCCCCAAGGUUUCCCCUUUCCCUUCUCUAAGAUGGGGGUCUCAGAGUCACCGUGAUGUUUUCUUCUCUGACUUCUUAGUCCAUUUUUGCUCUCGUAACGAGUCAGGGGUCAGAGGUAACACAGUGAUAACGUCAUAUUCAUCCAUGGCCAUGUCAUCCCGACUUGUCAUGUCAUUGUCAUGUCCAAAAGGAGUUGGAGUUAAAUUCGGCUUCUUCACACAUCGCACAGAGCCUCGUUCCCGGUGCCACAAUCCAGUGCUGGACACAACAGAACUACAUUUCCCAGAAUCCUUUAGGUUCUAGAGACUGUAGUUUGGCAGCAUCUUGAGUGCCAAAGGCAGCUUCUCUCGACUCUUGGUGCUCAAUAUUGUUCUAUCCUUGCGUUGGACAAGCUUGAGUAUGACCCUGUGGUCGCACCACUCACCCCUCCUGAUCGUACAGUAUUGUACCAAAGAAGCAGGUUUGUGGCGUUGUCGCAGCUACUCCUGCAGCAGAAUUGCUCCGAGCACCGGCCAUUGCACUGGCAGCGAAACGCGUCAUUCACCAGCAUCAUGGACACAGUUGGAAGAUGCAGUACUUAUUGCCUGUGUUAAACUGUGACUUGUACAGAACAGCAGCACAAUAUGCCGAAACGAAAGUCUGGAAUUGUGGCGCUCCGCUCGUCAUAACACGGAGACGCCGCAUCGACCUUCAGCUUCCGCGUAGAGUUUCAUUAAUUCUAUUUAGUGGGACAGAGCACAAUCAUUUCACAAGCACAGGGGAAUUGUGGUCAAGCGCGCACAGACCGGCCACACCGUCAGCACAAAUAAUAUAAAUAUUGAGCAACUCUCCAGUCAUAGCACAAUGCAGGGGCGGAUUCCGCUGCUGACCGGGAAGCUGCCGCAGUAAAGGUUUCGGCAAUUUGCUGAGCUGUCGCUGUGCCUGCUGAACCCAUCGUCUGCUGCAGUAUUAUCAGAAAGCAGAAUCUGCCAAAACCCUGACUUCUAAUUACUACAUGUGUCCUGUCUUUUCCUGUCACAUUCUGUACCCAGCAACCCACUCUGUUACUGCCUCCAUUUAGCUGACGCGUUUCUCUCUAGCAGCCCACUUAUUGUACCACCCCUGUCCCCCUCCCUGUCUUCUACUGUAGCUCUCUGUACUUCCCAGCAAAUGCGUCGCUCCUCGCUUCAUCUGAUCCUUCCCCCGUUGUCUUGCGGUCCUCUCCUCCCUGCAGAGCCCAUGCAGCUGCUUAUUACUCCCUAGAACUUUGCUCUACUUAAUACAGUUGUUUUUUGCUGAGACGGGAUGUAACGUAGCCCCAAUACGGGGGUCUUCUGCCUCUGUGUUGCCGUCCAUCCUGCCUGUCCCUCCGUCAUUUGAUAUGUAUCAUUCAUCCCAACCACACAUCAUAUCACACACCUCUAGUGACCUCCCCGCGCUCUGGACACACUGUACGAAUUAAAGAGGCGGCGCCAUCCAUUUUUACACGAACCCCCGCCUCGCUGACCGUAGCCAGGGCUCGGGUGGGGGGGCAACGUAGAGUUGGGAGUAGGAAUCAUUAGGUAAACCCCCAUAAUGGUCAUUUUUGCUUGUAGCUUUUUGCGUGUGUGUUUGGGCCGUGUUUUGGGAAUGUGACUGUGCUACGAAAUGGAGGGGGGGGUCUGUAUGCGCCCGGCGUCUGUCCACUCUCGUUCUAGUCAGAUCCUCCAUUCCAAAUGAGAAAUACAUAAAAUAUAAAUACCUAUAAAUAUAUAUAAAUAUUAUAUAUAUAUAUAUAUUUCUUGGAGGCUCGAGGGUCAUCGCUGCUGAAAUUUCUCUCCAUCGGUUAGUGGCUUUUUUCCGUUAACUGGAGCAAAGUUUAUUUCUUUACUUAUUUAUUUGUACAGAAAAGUCCAACAAGUGACAGAGAAGUUUGUAAGAUAUUGUGCGUGUGUGAUUGACUUGUAAAAUAUUUUCAAAUGGUUUAUUACAAAGAAUCAGUUAAUAAAUAAUGUGCAUAUUUUCACUUCA